AUGACGGAGCUCAACGACUUACCUGACUCUCUCAUCCAUCACAUUCUCUCUUUUCUCAACACCAAAACCGCCGUUCAAACCUCCCUUCUCUCCCAAAGAUGGAACCAUCUCUGGAAACAGCUCCACACUCUUACACUCCAUUCUUCACAUUUUCAAACUCUCGACGUCAUAUUCAUCUCUAGGGUUUUAUUUCUUCGCGAUUCCUCUAUCCCACUCCACUCACUUGAUUUCGACCAAAACGCUUCCACAAACCCUUACCUACUCAACAAGAUUGUCAGUUACGCUAUUUCACAAAAUGUCCAGCGAUUAUCACUUUCUUCUUCUCAACACAUUGCACAAUUUCCACCUAUCAUUUUUUCAUCUCAGACUCUAACGUACCUUAAGCUGAUUAGCCUUAACAAAAAUUUCGGAAAACAAAUAUUAUUUCCCAAAUCUCUCAAUUUGCCAGCAUUAACCACUUUGCAUAUACAUAAUUUUUCUUUUUGCAUUGCCGAUCAUGACUACGCUGAUCCAUUUUCAGCACUUAGCCGGUUGAAUACAUUGGUGAUUUCAUCUUGUACAUUGGUGGGUACCAUGAUGCUCUGGGUAUCAAGCACCACCGUCAAUUUAACUGUGCAUAACAACUCGCCAAAGUAUUUCGAUAUCAAGUUAUGUACUCCGAGUCUUUGUACCUAUGCUUUUACAGGGACUCCGAUGCCGUAUUUCUCUGCCAACAGUUUUUCUUCGGUUAAACAUGUCGAUAUUGAUGCAGAACUCUUUUUAGACUACAGAGAUCCUAUUUUGUUUAGAUGUUGUUUGGUACAGGUUCCUUUGAUUCUACACCACUGGCUGCUACAAUUUUCUGAUGUAACAUCAUUGACCGUCUCAGCAACUACUCUUCAGGUUAUCUCCUUAUGUCCCAAUGUAUUAAAGUCCAAUCAUUAUGUCUUGCGUAAGUUGAAGAUAUUGAAAGUCAAGACGAAACCUCUUGAUUGUGAAUUUUGUAUGUCACUUUUGGAGGCAAAGUUAUUGAAAAUUGAUUCGGAGGAAGACAAGGAUAAAUUGAGAAAAGCAUUUCAAGUAGCAUUGGAACCAUCUUCACCCAUACCGGAUGGAAUUGUGGACUUUCUGAUUCAAAACUCUCCGUUAGCUCAAGUUGAAAUCAUAGAUUGCUCCGAGGAAAAACCACACUCAACUUCUUAA